AUGGCCGCCCCCUCCGCCCAGCCUGCGGCCAAGAAAGGCCGGCGGAUGCAGAAGUACCGCGAGGAGUGGGAGAAGGACUACUGCUGGCUGCACAAAGUGCAGGGCAACGCCCUGAAGGCCCGCUGCAGCGCUUGCAACAGGGACUUCUCCAUCUCGCACGGCGGGGUGUGCGACGUGAAGCAGCACGCGGCGGGGGGAGGGCACAUGCGCAGCAUUCGAAUGCAGAACCAGAGACGCGCCGGAUUGCUGGGGACGGGUGGCUCGCCGGAAGCCGAUCAGGCUUUGCGCUCUCCUGCCAGUUCCUUGGAGAUAAAAGUAGAAAAAACGGAUGAAGCAAUAGUGGAAGAUGGGCCUGGAAACUCAGGGAGGACAUUUCGGUUCAGUAAUGAGCCCACCUUGGAAGACAUCAGAAGCCUUCAGACGGCAUUCGCUGCUGAGAGGGGCUGGGGAAAGUACCACCAGCCUCGGAAUCUGCUUCUUGCCCUUGUCGGAGAGGUGGGGGAAGUGGCCGAACUCUUCCAGUGGCGGGCCGAAGCCCCCGAAGGCCUACCAGGAUGGACGGAAUCAGAGCGUGAAGCCCUCUCCGAUGAGCUCAGUGACGUCCUCAUUUACCUGGUGGCCCUGGCAGACAAGUGCCACGUGGACCUGCCUUCUGCCGCCCUCCGUAAAAUAGAGAAGAACCACCUCAAGUACCCAGCCGAGAAAGUCUACGGCUCGUCCAAGAAGUACACGGAGUAUCAGAAGUAGG